CUCCUCUCUCUCUCUCUCUCUCUCUCUCUCUCUCUCUCUCUUUCUCAGUCUACCCUUUGGGUGUCUGGUCCCUGAAGAGACCACUGAAACUAUAAAACUCUUCUUCAAGACCUGAACGCAUCCAUCGCCUGAGAGGAGGAGGCCCCUUGGGUAAUAUACUCCUGUUAAAAAGAAGUAACUAAAAGACACUUGGCUACAUGGAAGAAGACAAUAUUAACCAGACUCUUUUGACAAAAGAGAAGAGUGUACAAGAAAAUGAUGUUGAGGAUAAGGAGGAGGAUGAGAAUUUGCCACUCAAAAACAGGGUAUGGAGGGAAACCAAGACGAUGUGGGUGGUGGCUGGCCCUGCUAUCUUCACCAGAGUUUCCACAUUUGGAAUAAAUGUCAUCAGUCAAGCCUUCAUUGGUCACAUUGGCUCUACACAACUAGCUGCAUUUUCGCUUGUAUUCACCGUACUUGUCAGGUUCGCAAAUGGCAUCUUGCUGGGCAUGGCCAGUGCGCUAGAAACUCUUUGUGGUCAAUCAUACGGUGCAAAACAGUACCACAUGCUUGGAAUACAUCUUCAGCGGUCAUGGGUAGUUCUGUUUUUUAGCACAUUGCUCCUCAUUCCUCUUUGCAUCUUUACAACCCCGAUUUUAGAGGCAUUAGGCCAAAAAGAUAAUAUUUCAGAAGAGGCAGGAUAUAUUUCUCUAUGGGUGAUCCCUGUGCUUUUUGCUUUUGUUGUAUCCUUUACCUGCCAAAUGUACUUACAAGCACAGAGCAAAAAUAUGAUCAUUGCUUAUGUGUCAGCAAUUUCAAUUGCAAUCCACAUCCUCCUUUCAUGGCUUUUUACUGUGAAAUUUAAGUGGGGGGUUGCCGGUGUAAUGGUGUCGACUAUUAUAGCAUAUUGGCUACCCAACAUUGGUCAGCUGUUGUUUGUUCUAUGUGGAGGAUGCCCGGGAACGUGGACAGGCUUCUCAACCUUAGCUUUUACAGAUCUCUGGGAUGUCCUCAAGCUGUCUCUGUCAUCUGGUGUUAUGCUUUGUCUUGAGCUUUGGUACAACACAAUCUUGGUUCUUUUAACCGGAAACAUGGAAAACGCAGAAGUCUCUAUCGAUGCUCUAUCUAUUUGCCUCAACAUUGUUGGGUGGGAAAUGAUGAUAUCCCUUGGUUUCCUGGCUGCAGCAAGUGUACGAGUGUCGAAUGAGCUUGGAAGAGGUAGUGCAAAAGCAGCAAAGUUCUCUGUUAAGGUUAUUGUGUCGAUAUCAUUUGCUAUUGGGUUUGUGCUUUUCUUGCUUUUCCUAUUCUUGAGGGAACGUCUUGCCUAUAUUUUCACCAACGAUGAAGAGGUAGCUACAAUGGUUUCCAACUUGUCACCUUUAUUGGCAUUCUCCAUACUCUUGAACAGUGUUCAACCAGUGCUCUCAGGAGUUGCUCUCGGAGCUGGAUGGCAGAGUACUGUAGCAUAUGUGAACUUAGCGUCCUAUUACCUUAUAGGGAUUCCUGUUGGGGUGGUGCUUGGUUAUCCUCUAAAGCUACAACUAGAAGGUGUUUGGAUUGGAAUGUUGUUUGGAACAUUAGUCCAAACUGUUGUUUUACUCAUACUGACCUACAAAACUGAUUGGGAUAAACAGGUAACAAUAGCUCGUAGCCGUGUUAGCAAGUGGGAAGUAAGAGAUAUUGGAGACUCGAGCCCCGAGACAUAAAAUCUCUGGCUUUUAUCAACAUUCCUUCAUAUUAUUUCAUUAUUGGAUUAAUAAUAGUUUGGUUCAUAUCUUUUAAAAAUUGACAAAAACAACGUUACACAUCCUGACAUUGGCCCGUCUGUCAUGAUAACCAUCAAGUUUAACCAUAGCACUCAGUUUGCUCAUUUGUUCCUUACAUGGAUGAUGGAUGACAAACACUUACACAUGGAUGUGAAGAUUUUGUAGCGAGUUUCCAGUUUGCAUGCGUGAUCUUAAUCAAGAUCGUACCAAUUGUGUUGA